AUGGUGGUGGGAGACUCCACCCAGCAUUACUCCACCCACCGCCACAGCUGGAGCUACUACUUCUGGGACAGCUGCUCCACCUUCUUCAGUACCACCCUUGCGUUUGUCUCUGAGCCUAGAUAUGUGGUUCAAGAGAUGGACAGUAGUGAGUUAGAGGAGGAAGAGGAGUUUGGGCCAGAUGAGGAGGAGGAGGAUUCUUCUUCUGAUUAG